AACUUGAUCAAAUCUGUCAACAAGAUUGCAAACUCGUGAGACUCACAAACCCCCAAGAAAGUAAAGAACAAGUUAUCAGCUCUUUUGCAGGUCUAACUGUUUUGAUCUCUACGAUCAAUUGGUUCAAUUCAAGAAAGCUUUGGUUAUGGCAGAAAAGCAUUGUCAACGAGAGAAACUAUCUUUAAUUGAUAGAAACCAAGACUGCUUCCCAGACACAGUUAUUUUAUUAUACUCUGAUACAUACCACUGCAACGAUAAAGGAUUGUGUGAUUGGUAUUAUAGUGCAGGAAACUUUUUGUGGACCUGGUGCUAAUAGUAGAACAGAGGUUUUUGUUUGGCUGUUUGUGUUGUUUGUCUGCUUCCUGUAGAUAUUUGGUGUGAGAGAUAAGUCUCUCUAUUUCUAUCUCCACAUUGUAAACUUCCCUCCAAAGAAAGCUUAUCUUUUUCUUGGAUUAGCCACAAGAGAUGGCUCUGGAGUCUGCUUUCUCCGCGAGUUUCUGUUCCUUCCCUUUCCCAAAAGCAAUCACCAUAGAGAGAGAAACUUUAUCCUUUCGCCGAAUCAUUACCUCGGGAGCCAAGGGAAUUGCAGGUGAGGGUGAAGUUCAAAACUUAAGGAUAAGCACUGGUGUCAAAAGGGUUUUCAAGAAAGAGAAAGCUGAGACCCAAGCUCACAAUAGUGGCAGAGUGACAUCAAGAAGACUUUCAGGUUCAGUACUGGAAGAUAAGCAGGAGAUCUCAGGACACAAGAAAGCUAUUUUAGAUAGAAGCAAGGCCGUAGUGAAGCUGAAAUCCUUAGGAAAAGAAGUGAGAGAGGCUGGCUAUGUACCAGAGACAAAGUAUGUUCUUCAUGAUAUUGAUGAAGAAGCUAAAGAGAGAGCAUUGAUGCAUCACAGUGAACGGUUAGCUAUUGCGUUUGGGCUUAUAAACACGCCUCCUGGGACGACCAUAAGAGUGAUGAAGAAUUUGAGGAUAUGCGGAGAUUGCCACAACUUCAUUAAGGUGUUGUCGAGUAUUGAAGGUAGAGAGUUCAUUGUAAGAGAUAACAAGAGGUUUCAUCAUUUUAGAGAUGGUAGUUGCUCUUGUGGAGAUUAUUGGUAGAAUUCUUUUGUAAUAAAACACUUGGUGUAACAUUUUCAAACUGAACAAUCAAAUCAACUUAAUUUUACAAAACA